AUGGCCGACAGCGCCUUCCUCAAGUCGCCUCGCUUCGACAUCGACGAGGAGCCUGGCGAUUCGCACUCCUCCUCGGGUCAGCAGUGGGUUGGCGCCUUUGAGAGAGUCCUCGGCGAUCGCGAGAGCCUUGCCUCCGAACGGCCCACUCGGCCUUACGCCAAAGCCGUACCCUCUACCAAUCCCGUCAUCGGUGCGCGCGACAAUCGAUCUCUCUCCGUCCGUCCCGCUGCUCUCGAUGAUUCCGUCAGCGAACCUUCACGAUCCACUUCCGCAUCUCGAGCCGGCAGUGCACACUCUAGCAGCCAUGGGUCCCCCUCUCUUCGCAGCAUCGAUCCUUCCGAGGCGCCACAAAUGCAACAACACGUCGUUGCAGAUCCUCUUCGCUCGGAUCAGGCUCAAUCUCUGGCCUCCGAAGCGGGCUCCACCGGUAACACCCUCACUCGUUUUCGUACAAACUCGUCCAGCGGCAGUGUCUCGCUCGUUUCCUUGCCUCCCUCUUCCGCAGCGUCUACACAGAACACUUCCACCCAUACUAGCUCUGGAACCUCUCUACAAUCUCGCGGCAAACUGGCUCCCGCUUUCCCGCAUAUCGGUCCUCCUCAGCUUGAUGACACGGCCGAGCUCAAGGUGCAGUCUCAAGGUCCAGCUUGCAUCUCGGUCAACGUCCAAGACUGCCUCCGCUUCGAACAGAGCUACAUCAACCAUGCUCCCUGCGUCCACCACGUCAUGGUCACCAACCGCAGCACAGACCGUAGUGCCGUUGUCCGCCUCGAAUCCGACCUGCGGCAGGGCCUCACUUUUAUGCGUCGAAAGCGUUCGUCCCAGAACGAGUUCGAGCCUGUCGCCUGGCCCUCGAACAGUGUCAACUGGGCCAAAAAUGGCGGUUUCAUUCCUGAUAGUCUCCGAGGCUGGAGGCAUGUCCUGGGCAACCUUGAAGUGGCAGACUCUUUUAUCCUCGAUCCACAGCAGACGACAAAGGUCUACGUGCAGUUGAAGCCCGUCGCCUUCGUCGAAGAAGCCGAAGCAGAACGGGCCACCAACAGCUGGCCUAACACGGUGCCCUCCUCGCCAUCGGCGCAAGACGCUGCCAACAAGCAGUCAGAUGUGCUAGUCUCGCCGGCUGCACCUCUGGCUCGUCCAGAGGAGAGCAGGACUGUUUCGCCUGUCUCGACGCCAGCUGCCUUUGGCGAUCAGCAAGGUAGCUUCAGUGCUACCGUCUCGGAUCACGGCAGCACCGGCAGUGCUCCUGAAGAGUUGGGCCUCACCUCGCCGCGCUCAGCGCCUGAGUUGCACGGUUCGCGAAGUUCUGCUCGCACGCAGACAGCUCGUCCACUGUAUCCUGCAUUUGGUCUUCGUGGCACCAUCACUGUCUCCAGUUGGACCAUUCCUACAGAUGAUGACGACGAUGGCGCCGCAGCCGAAUCUGCGAAAGUGCCUGGUCAUAAGAGCACCCAACCUUCGUCCUCUGCCGCCUUGACAUCGGCUUCCUCGCGGCCUACCAGCACAUAUAGCUCGCAAGCGGCAUCCACAUCUGCUGAAUCGUCCGUCAUUUCUGCGCUUCGUUCGCAACCUGACGAUCAAAAUGUGCAGAGGAUUCGCAUUCCCGUGGCUGCGCAGUGUUGCAAACCUUUUAUCGACGCUGCAAUCACUUCCAACGGACCCAUGGAUCUCACCUCAGCAACGCAGACCAGCCACGGUUCCGCCAUAUAUCUCGACUUUGGCGAUGUCAUCGUUGGGCAGUCGCAUUCCCAAAUCUUGACGUUACGCAAUCUUUCAGAGAUCGACUGCUUUUGCCAACUCAAGCUCGAGGAUGCCGACAACAUGCUCCAGACGCCGCCCAUCAGCUUGACCCAAGCAGAUACCGACGAGACGAUUCCCUCCGUCUGGGCUGGCGACCAGGGAUCGCUGUCCUACGAUCCUUUGGUCCUUGCUCGCCUCAAAUCGAAGCAGAUCAAGGUCUCGCUAAAGCCGCAGGAGCCGUGUCGCGACUACGAACAGGUGCUCACCAUCACCUCGCUGCACAAUUCGGCCAACAGCAUCCGCGUCGUCAUCACAGCCAACAUGCUCGGCACCGCCAAGGACGACGCUCUGUCGGUCACUCCGGGUGAUUACCUCGACUUUGGAGAUUGCUACGGAGGCCACUGGACCAAGCAGCUGCUCGUGCUCAAGAACAAUGCCGAUGUGCUUCUCGAUGUCUCCUUUGGAGUACAGAAAGGCUACCAAGUCAUGUUCCAACUGGCCGAGUUGGCGCCACAAACGGAGGACGAGGCGCCGGAUCAGGAGGACUUUCCACCAAGCGCUCAUAUUAGCGAGCUUUCGCUCUCUUCGGCGAGCACCGACGACCGGAGUCGGAUAUCGUCCGUCGCAGACGGCAGCAGUGUCGACUUUGCAGCCGAUGGCUCUUCCAGUGCGUACGACCACAGUCGACAGUCGGACACUGGAGGCGAGCAAGGCGCUACAGCCUCCGAGCUGGCCAAGACGCCGACCCAUCACGCGCACGUGCCCAAGGGAUCUGCUGCAGUGGAUCCACCUGCUCUUGAGCUGCCAGCGACAGACAGCAACGAUGCUUGCGACUUGUUGCGAGGUCGAAGGGGCAGUGCUCAGACGGAUGAGGAUGGCGUCGAUGCCUCCUCGGUUGCAUCGCAGGCGGGCUCACGCGCCAAUUCGCCAGUUCGGCCAGCUGCCAAUGUUCCCUCGCAGCCUCCUGUCAGUGCUUCGCUUGCCUCUUCGGCAGCAGAAUCGGCGCGUCUGGGGAGGGGCGAGACGCCACACCUCAACCUCAUGGACCGCGUGCAUUCUCGUGGAGCGCAGUCGCUCGCCUCUGCCACUAGCGAUUUUGAUCAGUCGAGCGUUUCGACCAACUGGCAUAGUCAGAAUUCGUCCGACUACGUGCGCGGUCGUGCCACCGAAUCGGAACGUCACGAUGAUGCCAACUCGGUGCGCUCGGGGCAUACAGCCUUGUCGCAGGAUAGCCGACCCGGUCCGUAUACUGCCAGCUCGUCUCACGCCGGUUCUUCGAGCGCAUCCGUCCGCAACCAGCACCGCAGCACGACGAGUGCAGCCAUUUCUGGAUUGCGAAACGUCGAGCACGCACAGAGCAACCAGCUCGAAGAGCUCAUGCUGCGACCCGGUGGCGAGUACCGCGUCUUUGUUUCGUACCGCCCGGAGCGCGUGGCAUGGGAUGCCGACUUUUCCGGAGGUCGACUGGUCGAAAAGACAUUCCGCAUCUCGCUGGAUUACUCGCGCGCCAAACUUGCCAACAUGCGAAGUCGUGGAGGCCGCGAAAGGAGGACAGUCAUCUGCCACAGCCGUACUUGCACCUCGUUCAUCUCGAUCGCUCCCAAGAUGAUCGAUCUGGGCGACGUGCAGGUGGGCACGCGCAAGUCGGCCAACAUCUCAGUCACCAACCGGUCCGAGCUGACGGCAAGGGUCGAUCUGCGCUUCGUCUCCAAGGUGCUCAGCAUGUACCGGGACGAAGUGGCCAUCCCUGCUCUGCAGACAGUCGAGCUCAAAGUCGAGUCGUUCCCGCGCAGAGUCAACGAGACCUACCGCAAGCAGAUCACCGUAGCCAAUCUGCUCAACAGGCAAGGCGAUCAGAUCUUUGAGGUGCGCUCUCGUAAUGUCGACAAGCAGCGCAUCAGCUUCCACUCGCUCUUCUACCGCAUCUUGACGCCCACCGGCGCCAACUAUGUCGACUUUGGCGACGUCGACAUCAACUCGAUGCGCAUGCGCACUUUCACUAUCGAGAAUGUGUCCGACAAGAAGCUUUCUCUCGAACUGAGCCCGGCUCAUCCCGAAGACGUUACGCUCUACAUCAAGGCUCCGGUCACCGACAUGAAUCGCGGCAGCAGCCCCAAACCCGAGGCAAGGACAGGUGUCUCGAAAUACAGCGAGACGCAGCUCAACGAUUCGCAAGCUUCCACUGCAGAGGCUCCUGAAGGGACUGGCGCCGGCCGCACAAACGGAAGCUCGAGCAAGUCCAAGUCGGGCAAGCCUUCGAUCAAAGGUGCCGAUCUCAAGGAGCGCUUCCUGGAGACCAUGUCCGUCGACUCUCCCACUUCGGUGCGCACCGAGAAUGCGUCGUGGAGACUAGCGCAGAAGCACAGCCACUACCGCAAGAAGGAGGACGGCAGUGUCGUCUCUACGCAGCGGAAAGCCAAUGGCUCGGGCAAGUCCAAGCCCACCAUUAACCUGGUCUCGGCGCUCAAGAAGGGGGGCAAGGGCAGAAUCACAGUCGGCUACGGCAAGACGGUCACGUUCAAGGAUCGCACGUUGAUCAGCGAGUUUGAGUAUCUCGACCUUGCUACUGGUCCGCCUGUGGAUGCACGGCGCAUCCCUGCCAAGAGCAAGAAGUAUGCAUUGCUCGAGAACAUCACGACGGGCGGCAAGCCUAAGAGUCUCGGUCAGACUACGGGUGCAAAGCACGUCGCCGAUGACGAGGCCAGCAAUGGUGGCGGCAGCAAGCCGAAGUCAGGGUCCAAGCUCAAAUCGAGCCAGGCUGCUAAGGGCAAGGCGGUAGAGGGACGAUCCGGAGCCCCUUCGUCGCCUGACACUUCAGCCACCAAAGCAGGAUCUACCGUUCCGCGCCUUCCUUCGCCUCUGGCUAACGACAUCAUCGCCCACGAUGCCUCGCAACGCAAUGUCUCCAAUCCAGACGCUACUCACCCCAGCUCCGGAACCUCUGGGACUGGCAGCAAGUCGCAGCCCACUUCAGCCAUCCGUCAACACGGCAAGAGCUCAAAGGAGGGCAAGGCUGGAGACGCGACGGCGCGCGUUCACUUUUCGCCUGCAUUGACGGGCAAGCGCAAAGCACCUCCCGUGCUCUCGAAUCCCGUCGAUGUAUCGCGGAUGUCGCUGGAAGACUUGCUCGCUGCCGUCGAGGCACAGACGAGCAUGCUCAGUACCUUCUUCCUUGGCAGCCCAGAGGCGGAGGAGCAGUUUGUGCGAGCCGAGAUUAACCUGCGACGCGAGUUGCAGAGCUCCAUCGAUGCCGGCAAGCUGGUUCCACUAGAAGUGCUCGAAGUGGCUCCAGCGUCUGAAGGCCAGGUCAUUGCUGUUUACCAUCCGAGCGGCAGCACGCGACCGCACAUCCAGGGCAACGCACGCAAGCAAGACUCGCGCAUCUUCAUGCGCCUGAUCGACUUUGACAUGGGCAUCGUUCGGCAGUCGGACGAGUUUUCGGGCAUGGCAGAGCUCGAGGCAGACGAGCUGCCGGUGCGUGACCUGAUGCUGCGAAGCAACACGUGCCGUAGCUUGCUCGAGUUGGGGCAGCCGCACAUCAACUUUGGUCACAUGGAGAAGGGUGACUCGAAGACGCGCAAGAUUCUCAUCCAGAACCGCAGCGAGUGGGCGCUCCGUUACUGCAUUCGCAAAAGUGGCAGUAUCGCCAGUGGCGACAUCAAGCUCAGCAGCGGACGCUACGGCGUGGUGCCCGGCUACGGCAAGCGCGAAGUCGAGUUUGUCUUUUCGCCGUCCAUGUCGGGCCCCUUCCAGGAGAAGCUGGUGGUCGAGAACGUAGCGGACCGGGACAACGACCAGACGGUGGUGCUCAAGGCCAACGUGCGCAAGACGCCCAACUUUGCGGUUGAUCCGGGUGCGAUCAAUUUUGGCGCGUGCACUCCGGGCAGGCUCUCAACUCCCGAAAGCUUUGUGCUGACCAACACGACGAGCAAGUCGCGCUCGUUUGUGAUUGCUAUUGAUUCGCACGAUCUGCUGCAUCAACGUUGCUUGAUCGACGUUGGGCUGAGCACGGCCAGCGACAACGAGGUGAGGGGCACGCUGUCUAAGGAGGAAGAGGAGGAGAUCGAAAACUUGUCUCAGAAGCUCAAGAUCGCCAGCAGGAAGGGGAACGUGGACAAGGUCAAGAAGUACGAAGACCGGUUGACGGCGCUUGGAGUCAAAGCUCCGAGUCUGUCGUCUGCGACCGCUGCGCCGACGGAUGCAGAAGGAGCGGUGGCGGAAGUGGGCGCAGGCGAUGGCGAGAUGGGGAAGCAAGGGACUGGGGCAGCUGUGGCUUCAGAUGGCGGCGCCGGUGGCGGUGGCGGUGGCGGCGCGGUGGGGCUCGACAAGCCGAAGGAGCUUAAGCGCGUCUCGUCGACCGUCACCUGCUCUCUGGGGCCGAACCAAUCCAAACGGCUCAUCCUCCGUGUGCGGCCGAGCGCGGUGCAAUCCGCCAUCCCCUCGAACACGAGCGACCCCGCAGACCGUCGCACGCAGGACAAGUCCGGCAUCGAAGAGGUCUCUGUGCCCGUCAAAGUGCACGAAGUUAAGAACCAGGACGAGACCAAGACGGUGGUUCUCAUGGCGACGGUUGAGUUUGAUUUGCACCAGUGUGCGGCUGGUUGUGGGGUGGCUGGUGGGAUUGGGGGUGUUGGAGGGAGGGCGCUGGAGGAAGGGUUCCCGCCGGAUGCGGUUCUGUUUAGCUCAUCAGAGUCGUGA